GAGCCAAGAAGUUUCGUGAUCGCGAUCGUACGGCCUUCAGGGCUGCUUUUCUGAGCAAGUGAGAUCUAUCAACAGAUCUGAGUGCGUUUGGUCGCCUGGCAAGAUGGUGCAAGUCUUCGGUUUCAACUUCCCCGAACAGACGCUCGUAAAACGUCUCCUUGAAACUUUCUACGGCAUUGGCCCCAAAGUUUCGCAGCGUAUCAUGGCGCGAUACCACAUCUACCCCUUCGCCAAAGUCGGAGGUCUCAAAAACGCACAAGUUCUAGAACUGAACGCCGAACUAUCCAAUAUGAAGAUUGAGAAUGAUUUACGAAGAGAGGUCCAGGAUAACAUACGAAGACUAAAGGAUAUGGGAACGUAUCGGGGAAGGCGCCAUGCCAUGGGGUUACCGGUGAGAGGCCAAAGGACAAGGACACAGAUCACAACGGCAAGAAAAUUAAACAAGAUUGAGCGUGGUGGGUUGGGAAGGGUGCAGAUGUAGGAACCAUGUGCAGAUGUGUUGUAGAAUAUUGUAUCACAAGCAUAGGCUGGCGUCAUAGCAUUCAACCACUUGAACAAGGU